AUGGGUGGUGCAUGUGGAUCUGUGCCCACAGUAGCAGGGGAAGCUGCAGAGGAGCCAUUGCCCGAGGACACAGAGGAGCAGCUGAGUACUGGAGAUGGCACCCUUGAGCUAAGUGGACGCAAGAUGACUCAUCUUCCAGCAUCAAUAUGUACCCUUGGUGACCAGCUCUACAAGCUGUACUUGAGUGGAACAAUGAUAACAGAAGUACCUGAUGACUUCUACCAGCUUCACAAUCUGCGUACGUUGGCACUUGAUGCAAACAAACUGCCAGAAUUGCCAGAAGCUGUGUGUUCUCUACCACAUCUUGGCCGCCUCUACCUUGGAGCAAACAGACUACAGGGAUUACCCCCGGCCUUUGCACGUCUCCAAACACUACGCACCUUGUGGAUAGAACGGAACUUCCUGCAUCACUUUCCACGGGUGUUGCUAAGCAUGCCUGGCUUGCGCUGUCUACAAAUGGGUGACAACCGUUUAAAAGGGCUUCCAGGGGACAUUGCUACAUGUAUGCCAGGCCUAAAAGGUCUAUGGCUGUAUGCAAACAGACUAGAGCGGGUGCCAAAAGUUCUGCUACGGUUACAUGGCUUGGAAAUCCUAGAUCUGGACCGGAACCGUAUUGCUGUCUUUCCAGACAUGAGUGGACUGAAAGGACUGCGUCUCUUAUCCUUUGACCACAACCCUGUGAAAGCACCUCCCAAGGUGGGGGAAACAGUUACUCUUGUAGGGGAGGGUGCUCAGGAGUUCAUGGAAGAACGGGAGGAGCAGAGGAAGCUGAGAGAGGAGGAAGAGAUGGAGGGACAGGAAAGGGAGCAGCAAGAGAAGGAGGCAGCAAAGGCGGAAAUGAUUGAAGAAGGAGAAGAGGAGGAAAAGCAAGAAGAAGAGCAGUAUGAUGAGGAAGAGGCAGAGCAGGAGAACCCUAACACUAAUCAAUACCCUGGGGACAGGGAAGGAGAUUUCUAUGAAGAGGAGGAUGAGUAUUACCUAGACGAGGAAGAGGAGGAUUAUUACCCGCAUGAAAGAGAAAAUUAUUAUACAAGAGGGAUUUAUUGA